AUGAUAGCACCACUUUCCGCCGACGCGAUGGAUGCAAUGCCGCCUGAAGCGAGGCUGCAGAUGUGUGAGUCUCUCAGCAUCAAGCGAUAUCGAUGGGCUCCGCACGCCUGCAUGCACCACCACAUGUUCGUUCGGCUGCUGCUUGCUCACGGCCCCAGCUCCUUAUCGGAAGUGACAGGCUGGUGCGGACAAGGCUUUGCGGCGAUCCGUGUGGAACUGGGACCGGUCGGCUGCCAAGAGGGUCAGCUCGUCAGACAAGCAAAGCCCGCACCGCAUCGCAUCGCAUCGCGUCUGGUAAGAGCGGGGAUCCUGAACAGCUCGCUCGCCUCGGCCAUCGUAGUUCUGCCGAAACGCGGUCUGCCAAGCAAGCUUGGAGUCGAACGAAAGCUGGCGUCGCCUCCACCAAAAGAGAGAGAUCUCGACAGGCGAGGAAUGUCGAUUGCCGGCGCCGCUCAAUUUCGCCCUCUUUUCGGCGCAAAUCCUCCGUUCCAAGCUGCAUUCGAGCUGCACCGGUGA